UGUUGAUCUGAUCAGAAACAAUAAUCAAAUCAAAAAGACUCAAAAUUUCACUGAAUUUGAUCUUUUUUUGUUGCUUUUAUCAAUAGCCAUGACUUAUCCAGACAACAUUCCAACCGUUAGGAUGUCACCACCGCAAUUCGCCACAUCAAACAUCAAUAUCAAUAGAAUGAGGCCUCAAUUCCCAAUGAACAGUGAACGAUUUGAACAACGUUCAGAAAUGGAUAGUUCACAUUCCUUCAAACGGCCAAGAAUAUCUGACAACAACCAUUCCAAUGCACUGAUCAACCCUCCUCCAAGGAUGAAUCAUCCUCCACCAAACAGACGACCGGGCAACAUUUUCUUCAAGACUCGCAUUUGUUUUGAUUUCGAGUUUGGUACCUGUAGAAACGGUGAAAAUUGUAGCUUUGCUCAUGGGGUUGAAGAAUUAAGGCAGCCACCACCAAACUGGCAGGAGGUUGUCCGUCCUCGUACUGAAGAACGGCUGCAAUUGGGCGGGAAUUGGAAUGAUGAUCAGAAAAUCAUUCACAAGAUGAAUCUUUGCAAGAAGUAUUACAAUGGGGAGGAAUGCCCUUAUGGUGAUAAUUGUCGCUUUCUUCACAAGGAUCCUGCUAAGUUUGGAGACGAUUCUUGGAAAACAAGAAGAGAGUCCUCUUCAUUCAGCAAUUCAACUAUUGGUAAUAACUUGGAAGACAAUAAGACUGUGACCAAGCCACCUAGGGGCUCUUAUUGGAAGACUAAGCCGUGUCUUGAGUGGAAGCAUACCAGGAGCUGUCCCUUUGGUGAUGGCUGUCACUUUGCUCAUGGAGAUGCAGGUAAUAAGAUUGAUUGUUUGCCUUUAAAUUUAAUGUCCGACUCAUUAAUAAUUGGGAGGCAGUACAUUGCUCAUUUGCAAGUUUUAUAUUGCGUCCGUGUCACAAUCCUUAAUAUUGCUAUUAAACAUGAGUUACAAGUUCCUGGUGGAGGUAUUGAAGCGGAAGCUGCAGUUGCUAUAGCAAAUUCAACAAAAGCUGUCAUUCCAACUUUACCAACUACAGGUUUUUCUGCUAAUUAUGUACACACCUUACCGGCAAGUGUAUCUGCGGCGACGGAAGAGGAGAAGAAAGCCAAGAAGGAAUUACUUUGGAAGAAAUUAAACAAGAUCAACCGUAUUUAUGGCGAUUGGAUUGACGAUUUACGUCCCGAUCGCCCUGAUUUGCCAAGGGAGCCCUGA